AAAAUAUUUGAAAGCAUUUCUGCGUGCCUGUAUUUCACUCUAAAAAGCAUUUCAAAACUCAAAAUUUUUUCCCUCCUUUCUUCCCUGCCAAAAAUGGAGCCUUCAGCUCUCAAACUGGUAAUGGUUCAAGGUCCGCGGAAGGGCGAAACCCUAGAAUUCGUACCCGGAUCCAAGAUCCGAAUCGGCCGCGUUGUUCGGGGCAACAACCUCCCGAUCAAAGAGUCCGGCAUUUCCUCCAAGCACCUCUCCAUCGAAUCUGAAUCGGGCAAAUGGGUUCUCCGAGACCUCGACUCCUCAAAUGGCACGGUUUUGAAUGGGUUGGAUAUCCCCCCAAAUACGCCCGUGGAUCUCACCGACGGCGACGAAAUCAAAAUCGGUGAGUACACUUCCGUCGAGGUGAAGAUCGCCGGCUACGAAGAGAGCCGGCUGAGACGGAACCCUAGGCGUGCGGCGGCGGCAGCGGAAGCUACUGCGGUGCCGGUUUUGGAAAGUCGGGGACGGAGAGGUAGGGUUGCGAAGGAGGGCGAGGAGAAAGCGGAGGUGGAAAGAGCGAACGUUGAGGAAAUUGAGGUCGCAGGGAAACGAGGGAGGGGCCGACCGCCCAGAGCUAGGGUUUUGAAGAGUGAAGCUGCAGAGGAAGACUUGGCACGGCAGGUGAGUACGAGGCAAACUCGGAGCUCCAGGAUUGAGGAAUUGGGGAAGAUUCCAGAGAACUCUGGUGUAGAUAGUGAAGGAGUGAACGUUGAGCCGAAAAGGACCCAUGUUGGUGCAAGGAGGAGGAAAAAUGUACCGGAGGAGGUACCGGUGUGUGAUAAGCUUGAUGUUAAGGAGGAAGAGGCUUCGAAAGGGCUGAAUUUGGAGGAAGAGAGACAUGAAGAGUUAAAUGUUAGAGGAGAGAGUGGCGAAAAGGGUAAAUAUGGAAGUGGGAGUGGUGAAAAGGGUGAGAAAGGAAGUGGAAGUGGUGAAAUCGGUGUCAAUGGAAGUGGGAGUGGCGUUAAGGGCGACAACGGUAGUGGGAGUGGUUCAGGUGUAAAUGAGAGCUGUGACUUGGAGAAGAUGACGCUUGGGGAGUGGUUUGAUUUUUUGGAGAGGAAUUUUCCACAACAGAUCAUUGAUGAGACGGAGGAGGCAAUUGCCGAAAUGACAGAGAAAGCUAAGCGAAUUCAGGAGUACAUUGUGCAGGAGAAGGAGAAGGCGAAAGUGCUUGUGGGCUACAAGGGGGGAGCUGGGACUUGUGUUUUCUGGAAUUUCAAGCACAAGAUUGGUAUAAUGCCAACACCAAAAGCAAAAACAAAUCAUUCAAUCGGUGGGAAUGUUGGAAUAUUGUCAAAGAUUGUUCUAAAUUUAGAGUUGUGCCCGUAAGUCUAGAAGUUUUCAUGAACAGUUGCAGUUGUUGAGAGAAAAAUUCAAGCUAAUGAGAGAGAAAAAGAGCUACUUAGGCAAGAAAGGGAACAUGUUAGAGAAGAAAGAAUGGCUCAACGAGAUCGUGACAUUAUGAACACACCUUUAGAAGGGAAGUCUCCAAAUUCUAAAUAUUUUUGGAAGUCGAAGAAAGCGGAAGUGGUGCAAAGGAGGCGUGCAAGAGAAGCGUGAGCAAGAGGAGAUGGUCCUAGCAUGACAAGAGAAGAUCAUCCUAUCACCACAAAUUGGUUAAGUGAUGAUGAAUAAAGUACUUUUUGUACUCGGAGCUCAUAAUUUUCCAAUAACUUUGGGUUGUAAUUUAUUAUUUAUUGAAUAGAGUACUUUAUGUUGUUUACAAUUUAUU